AUGAUAAACAAUUUUACUACUGGUCCAAGUGCUCUUAGGAGCGCAAAGAACAACCAAGUGGUUCUCAACUUUGUUCGUCAUGCUUCGCGUGGGAAGAAAAUUGCUUAUCCAUUCUGGAAAUUCGACACAUUGAAGAAUGAGCCUUCCAAGUCUCAUAGAACUAACUUGCGUUACCAAAUGAGUAAAUUUUUGGGACCAAAGAACUACAAAGGUGAAUACUAUCUUAAUAAGUAUUACUAUCCACCUCAAGAUCAUUCUCCAAACUAUAUCAAACCUAUAAUGGAAAGAGGAGAUGCUAUGAUAAAAGAUGAACCUUCUUCUUCCUCGCCCUACAGAAGAUUACCAAACGAAGCUCAAAAAUUGCAACCAUUCCCAAAUAACAAGUACUGCAAAACCAAUACUUUUGUCAGUGAAGAUAUGAGACAGAAGAUGUUUUCACAGAUUGAAGCUGGCAAAACCAUUCAGCAAAUUGCCUACGAAUUUAGCAUUAGUGUUGGGCGUAUUGAAGCUUUGAUUCGUUUGAACGACAUUGAAAAAGUUUGGAACCAACAAAAGAAGAUCUCCCCAAGUUUGAAGGCCAUGAACACCUCAUUGUACAAUAUGUUACCACUUUAUAACCAAAGAAAGCCAGAAAACUUGACUGAAAUUCCUGUUCCAGCUAAGACCCUCAGAUCCAGAUUCUUGACCAUCGCCGAAAGUGAACCUUUUGGGCCAGUUGAUGCUGCCAAAGUGAUGGGGUUGGAACCAGCUGCCGUGACUUUGGAAAAGCUUUCUAGAGGUCAUGAUGAAGGUAAAGCUGAUCAAGAAAAGAAGAAGGUUGGUUUCUUUGCUCCAGUUUUGCAACAUGAGAAGUCUGUUUUCAGAUUCAAGGAUGCUAAGGUCGGCGAAGUUGGUAUCAGAUAUGGUAAGUCCAACAGAGAUAAUAAGAAGGAUCGUAAGGUUGGUUACAAUGAAAUUGGUCAAAGAAUCUAUAUAUAA